UUGGUUAAUCAGGGGUUCAUCUGUUUCAUCUUCUUUGAUAUUACAAUGGCAAUGAUGCUAUGGCUUUGUAAACUCACAUUUUUCUUUCUGUUCAUUAGUUUCUUUAUACAACCUGUCACAUGCACUGAAACUGAAGCAUUAUCUACUGAUAGUGCCGUCUCUUAUUCUGAUUAUUGCUCUUCAAGUGUCCCUGAAUCAACCCCCUAUUAUCAUUAUUCUCCCGCUUACAGUUUUUUUGGCCCUUUCCGCCAAUAUGAGACUGGUUAUUACUACUCUGGUGGGAACAGAAUUCUCAAUUCGAACAUAACCAGAUUAUCGAAUUCAUUCAUUUUUCGUACCAGGUUGGUGUAUAGAACUUAUAGAGAUGGGUUGUUCAAGAUUGAAAGCAGCAUGGUGUUUCAAAGCCCAUACUAUGUGGGAAACAUGGCUUACGGGCCUGGAAUUUCGUCAAGAAGUCCUUUGAAUUUGAAGUUACAAGGGUUCUGGUCUGAAUCUUCUGGGAAGCUUUGUAUGGUUGGGAGAGGCUUUGUUUACUCCAAAGAGGGUAAGCUGCUGACGCCUGCUGCUGUUCUUAAGCUUAGUAAUCUCAAGAAUAUCAACAACAUCACUAGUCUGAUCACUGGGACUUUAGUGAGCGUGAGUUUUAGUAGUGAUAAGGAUUACUUUGAGCCAGUUUCCUUGUUGAUGAUUCCACAAUUGCAUUAUAACUACACGUUGGUUUCUGAGGACUUUGUGGAUGGGUUUUCUGGUAAAAGUGAUAAUGUGCAGGGUUUGCCGUACAAUGUGCAGCCAAGAAGAGGUUUUUGCUCAAUAAUCUCAACCGCUGGAAAUGUCUUUAAUUUGCAGUAUACAAGUAGUUGCAGCCCUGGAAAGAACUGCCUUCCUUUUGAUGGGGUACUGGGGUAUUUGCCUUCUUCUAUAUCUUUGAGAAGACUUGAGUAUUGUUCAGAGGUCAAAAGGAAAGUUCGUCUUUUGAUAGAAUUUCGCAAUGUUAACUAUGUUGGGUUCUACCACCCUUUUAAUCCCAACUCAACAUUGAUUGGAGAAGGAUUCUGGGAUGAUAAGAAGAAUCGGCUGUGUGUUUUUGUCUGUCGAAUUUUGGAUACUGCAGAAUCUUGGUCUAAUGCUCGUGUUGGGGAUUGCACAACAAGGUUGACUUUGAGGUUUCCUGGCGUCUUGUCACUGAGAAAAACCAGUAGCAUUGUGGGUCAAUUUUGGACCAACAAAAGCGUGAAUGAUUCAGGUUACUUCAAUACAAUAGUGUUUCAAAGUGCUGAGAAUCAAAUGGAGGGCGUUCCAGGCUUAAAGUAUGAAUACACAGAAAUGGAGAAAGUAAAAAAGUCAUGCCCGAGAAAGAAGCCAGCCACAAGAAAGGUAGAAAGUUAUCCAACUGGUCAUAAUUCCAUUGAUAUGAAAUUUGACAUGUUCGUUAAAACUUCUGAAGGCAAAACUGGAUGGGGCUUUGCAGUUCCUUUCUCUGUUGGUGGUCAGCUUUACAAGCAGGCUUUGUAUCUGAUGGGCGUUCCUCCUAGCUCAAGGCCUGUAAGAACAGUGCUGGAUGGUCCUGUCAAUAUCAGCUAUGAGAUAGGCAUCACAAUUAGACCUGUUCCAGAGGUAGAUGGUGGAGGUGUUCUAUUUAACAUAACCAAAGAGAAAGUGGACAUUACUGCUGAAGGUAUUUAUGAUGCUGAUACAGGAGCCUUGUGCAUGGUUGGUUGCAGAAAGAUUAGGUCAAAGGAUCAACUUUCGCAAAAUGCAUCUGUGGACUGUGAAAUUCUUCUGAUUUUCCAAUUUCCUCCAUUAAUAUCAAAUAAAUAUGGAGGAUAUAUUAAGGGAAGCAUUGAAAGUACACGGAAAGAGUCUGAUCCUCUUUACUUCAAUCGUUUGCAUGUGUCUUCAGCUGCCUACAGUGUUGAGCAAGCAAGACAAUCCACUAGGACUAUGGACCUGGAGAUCACAAUGGUUCUAAUAUCAAACACUCUGGUAUGUGUCUUUGUAGGGUUGCAGCUCUAUCAUGUGAAGAAGAAUCUGGAAGUACUCUCCUUUAUUUCACUUGUUAUGCUUGUGAUUCUUACCUUCGGCUACAUGAUUCCUCUUGUGCUAAACUUUGAAGCCUUGUUCUCAAAACAACAAGGUCAAAUUACUAGUUUGGUUCAUAGCACUGGAUGGCUUGAAUUGAAUGAGGCAAUUGUAAGGAUAACAACAAUGGUAGCUUUCUUGUUGCAAUUCCGCCUCCUCCAGCUAGCAUUGUCAGCUAGAUCAGAAAACCAAACGGGCCUGUGGUUUGCUGAGAAAAUGACCCUGCUUGUGACUGUAUUACUAUAUGCGGCUGGGGCCUUCAUUCUUAUGCUUGUUAACUGGGGGAAGCAUAGCCCUAAGGUUGUCAAGCAGCAGAAGCAAGUCAUGUUGCUUCCCUCCCAUCAGGUAGAAUACCAGCAGUAUUCCACCUGGAAAGACUUAAAAUGCUAUGCAGGUUUAGUCUUGGAUGGUUUUCUUCUACCUCAGAUACUGCUCAACAAUUUCUCAAACACAAGAGAAAAUACUCUCAGCUGUUCAUUCUAUGUUGGAACCACUUUCGUUAGGUUGCUGCCGCAUGUGUAUGAUCUUUACAACAAUCACAGCUACAUUCAACAGAAGGGAAUGCACCUUUUUGCGAGUGAAGAUUUUUUCUCCAAUGCUUGGGAUCUCUGUAUUGCUCUUGGAGUCCUGCUCUUUGCUGCAAUUAUUUACUUGCAGCAGAGGUUUGGUGGUCGUUGCAUUCUUCCUGGUAGAUUUAGAGAGUUAAAAGCAUAUGAGAAGGCCUGCAAGGAAUGAUACAUACGAGGAGUAAAAGCUACCUGGUUCUUUCUUG